AUGAGUGAAAAAUUAGCACCAAUAUGCAUUAUAUUAGAAACUCUUUAUGCAAAUGACGUAUUCGAAGAAUUCAAUACAAUCACAGAAAACAGAACUGAAGAAGUUCCUUAUAAAUUCAAGAUGUCAACUGCGUAUUCUGCAGAUUCUUCCAAAUCCUAUAUGAUUGCAAUGCAAUCUAUGGUUGAUGCAUCACAAAGCUUUAACCUGGAUAAAUCAAAAACUUAUUUACCAGGUCUUGAUAAUGAGCUUAAAAAAAAAAGAAAGGAAGAUCAAGGUGGAAAAACCGAACUUACUGUCCUUUCUCAAGAUAGAAAUGACUGGGACGAUAUAUUCGAUGAGUUUCAAGACAUUUCUUUCUCGCAACUGCAAUCUAUAAUCGAUUCAUAUAAAAAACAAAAUGCAGUGGCAAUAUAUAAAAAGAUUGGAAACCUAAUUGAUAAAGCUGCCACAACAUUGAGCAGUAAUGUGUUGCUGGAAACUGUGCUUCAAGUAGUUUAUAAUCACCAGAAGCAAGAGUUGGAGAAGGAAUUGCUAGAUUUUUUAGGAACAGAAAACAUAGAGCUCGUUUCUUUGCUACUCCAGCAUAGAAGAAUGAUUAUUGCCACGCCUAUAGAAACCACAAUCCUUUUGAUUGAAAAUGCAGUGAAAUCAACACCAGAUUUUUUGACGCAACAAGAUAUUAGAAACCAGGUUUUACAAAAUGCAGAGAAUGCCAAGAAUCAGAAGUUGAACCCUGCUGAUAGGAUAAUCAAGUACCCACAUGUCUUCAGGAAAUAUGAAGCAGGGUCAACAACCGCUAUAGCCUUUGCAGGCCAAAAAUUUACCUUGCCAGUGGGGACUACAAGGAUGUCAUAUCAAACUCAUGAAGAAAUUAUAAUUCCCGCCGCCACGGACCAGGCGUCCAAUAAGAACUAUUUGUAUACGAAGUUAUUGAGAAUAAAGGAUUUAGAUCAUUUUUGUAAGACUGUUUUCCCUUAUGAGAAUUUAAAUCAGAUACAAUCCCUAGUGCACCCUGUAGCUUAUAAAACAAAUGAAAACAUGUUAAUUUGUGCACCCACUGGUGCAGGUAAGACAGACAUUGCACUGCUUACAAUAUUAAACAUAAUAAAACAAUUUUCAGUCAUCAACGAGGGAAGCGAAAUUGACAUACAAUAUGACAGUUUCAAAGUUGUUUAUGUCGCCCCCUUAAAAGCGCUGGCUGCUGAGAUUGUCGACAAAUUCAGUAAGAGCCUAGCACCGUUUAAUAUUCAAGUGAGAGAGUUAACUGGCGACAUGCAAUUGACAAAGGCAGAAAUCCUAGCCACUCAAGUAAUUGUUACCACUCCUGAGAAAUGGGAUGUUGUUACUCGUAAGGCAAAUGGUGACAACGAUUUAGUCUCAAAGGUCAAGCUGCUUAUUAUUGAUGAAGUCCAUUUAUUGCACGAAGAUAGGGGUUCAGUCAUUGAAACCCUAGUUGCACGUACCUUGAGACAAGUGGAAAGUUCUCAAUCAAUGAUUCGUAUUGUUGGUUUAUCUGCAACACUGCCGAAUUUCAUGGAUGUGGCGGAUUUCUUGGGGGUGAACAGACAAGUCGGUAUGUUUUACUUUGAUCAAUCCUUCCGCCCAAAGCCUUUGGAACAACAACUUUUAGGUUGUAGGGGCAAGGCAGGUAGCAGACAAAGUAAAGAAAACAUCGAUAAAAUUGCUUACGAUAAAUUAAGUGAAAUGAUUCAAAGAGGAUACCAAGUAAUGGUGUUUGUGCAUUCAAGGAAGGAAACAGCCAAAAGUGCAAGGGGUUUUAUCAAGCUAGCGGAAGCCAAUCAUGAAGUCGAUUUUUUUGCACCUGACCCAAUAAUCAAGGAUAAGUAUUCUAGGCAGUUAGUGAAAAACAGAGAUAAAGACAUGAAGGAAAUUUUCCAAUUUGGGUUUGGUAUUCAUCAUGCUGGUAUGGCCCGUUCAGACAGAAAUCUGACUGAAAGAAUGUUUAAAGAUGGUGCCAUUAGAGUUCUAUGUUGUACUGCAACAUUGGCAUGGGGUGUUAACUUACCUGCUGACUGUGUCAUUAUCAAAGGAACUCAAGUAUAUGAUGCUAAAAAAGGUGGUUUCAUCGAUCUAGGUAUUUCUGAUGUUAUUCAAAUUUUUGGUAGGGGUGGUAGACCUGGUUUUGGUUCCUCAAAUGGUACAGGUAUUUUGUGCACUUCUAGUGACCGUCUGGACCAUUAUGUUUCUUUAAUCACUCAACAACAUCCUAUUGAAUCUAGAUUUGGUUCCAAACUCGUGGAUAAUCUGAAUGCGGAAAUUUCACUGGGUAGUGUAACUAAUGUAGAUGAAGCAAUUGAAUGGCUCGGAUAUACAUACAUGUUUGUCCGUAUGAGAAAGAAUCCAUUUACUUAUGGUAUUGAUUGGGAAGAGGUUUCAAAUGACCCACAACUAUACGAACGGAGAAGGAAAAUGAUUAUAGUGGCUGCAAGGCGACUGCACGCCCUUCAAAUGAUUGUCUUUGACGAAAUAUCCAUGCAUUUUAUUUCGAAAGACCUGGGCAGAGUGUCGUCGGAUUUUUAUCUCUUAAACGAAUCUGUUGAGAUAUUCAAUCAAAUGUGUGACCCCAGAGCCACAGAAGCUGAUAUUUUAUCCAUGAUCAGCAUGAGUAGUGAAUUUGAUGGUAUGAAAUUUAGAGAAGAAGAAUCCAAAGAAUUGACAAGGCUUUCUGAAGAAUCUGUUGAGUGUCAGAUCGGAGGCCAGUUGGAUACACCUCAAGGUAAAACGAAUGUACUAUUGCAGGCUUAUAUUUCUCAAAGUAGAAUUUUUGACUCAGCGCUAUCAUCAGAUUCAAAUUAUGUUGCCCAAAAUUCCAUAAGAAUUUGUAGAGCAUUAUUUUUAAUAGGUGUCAAUAGAAGGUGGGGUAAAUUUUCAAAUGUUAUGCUAAAUAUCUGUAAAUCCAUCGAAAAGAGGCUGUGGGCUUUCGACCAUCCUCUAUGUCAGUUCGAUUUGCCUGAAAAUAUUAUUAGACGUAUCAGAGAUACUAAACCCUCUAUCGAACAUCUUCUAGAGCUAGAACCGGAAGAGCUUGGACAGUUGGUGCAUAAUAACAAGGCGGGAUCUAAGUUGUAUAAAAUAUUGAGCCGCUUUCCUAAAAUCAAUAUUGAAGCUGAGAUUUUCCCUAUUACUACAAACGUAAUGAGAAUUCAUGUUGCCUUGGAUCCGAACUUCGUAUGGGAUUCACGGAUACAUGGCGAUGCGCAGUUCUUUUGGGUUUUCGUUGAAGAAUCAGACAAAUCACGAAUUCUUCACUUUGAAAAAUUCAUUUUGAAUAGAAGGAAAUUGAAUAGCCAACAUGAAAUGGAUUUUAUGAUCCCAUUAUCUGACCCAUUGCCGCCUCAGGUUGUUGUGAAAACUGUUUCAGACACUUGGAUAGGCUGUGAGUCGACCCAUGCUAUCUCUUUCCAGCAUUUAAUUAGACCGUUUAACGAAACAUUACAAACUAAAUUAUUGAAGUUGCGUCCUUUACCUACAUCGGCCCUUGAAAAUCCUUUGGUUGAGUCAAUUUAUCCUUUCAAGUAUUUCAACCCCAUGCAAACAAUGACAUUUUACACACUUUACAAUACCAACGAAAACGCGUUUAUUGGUUCACCUACAGGCUCUGGUAAGACUAUUGUGGCAGAAUUAGCUAUAUGGCAUGCCUUCAAAACAUUUCCUGGGAAGAAGAUUGUUUACAUAGCACCAAUGAAAGCGUUGGUCCGCGAGAGAGUUGAUGACUGGAGGAAAAAAAUUACCCCGGUGACUGGAGAUAGAGUUGUGGAAUUGACUGGUGACUCCUUACCUGACCCGAAAGAUGUACAUGAUGCCACCAUUGUGAUUACAACACCAGAAAAAUUUGAUGGUAUUUCCCGUAAUUGGCAAACCCGUAAAUUUGUUCAAGACGUGUCUCUAAUUAUCAUGGAUGAAAUUCAUCUGUUAGCAAGUGAUCGUGGUCCCAUUUUAGAAAUGAUUGUUAGUCGUAUGAAUUACAUCUCUUCUCAAACGAAACAACCCGUUAGACUGUUAGGUAUGUCAACGGCCGUUUCGAACGCUUAUGACAUGGCUGGCUGGUUGGGAGUUAAGGACCAUGGACUGUACAAUUUUCCGUCAAGUGUUCGUCCAGUUCCGUUGAAAAUGUACAUUGAUGGGUUUCCUGACAACUUGGCAUUCUGUCCUUUGAUGAAAACAAUGAAUAAGCCAGCAUUCAUGGCGAUUAAACAACACUCUCCAGAUAAGCCAGCAUUGAUUUUUGUGGCAUCUCGUAGACAGACUAGACUGACAGCUUUAGAUUUGAUUCAUUUAUGUGGGAUGGAGGAUAAUCCACGUAGAUUUUUAAAUAUAGAUGAUGAGGAAGAGUUACAAUAUUACUUAUCACAGGUUACUGACGAAACUCUAAAGCUAUCACUGCAAUUUGGUAUAGGGUUGCAUCAUGCAGGUUUAGUGCAGAAAGAUCGUUCUAUUUCUCAUCAAUUAUUCCAGAAAAACAAGAUUAUGAUUCUGAUUGCCACAUCAACUUUAGCAUGGGGUGUUAAUUUACCUGCACACCUGGUCAUCAUUAAAGGUACCCAAUUCUUUGACGCAAAAAUAGAAGGCUACAGAGAUAUGGAUUUAACAGAUAUUUUGCAAAUGAUGGGAAGAGCUGGUAGACCGGCUUACGAUACUACAGGUACUGCUAUAGUGUACACAAAGGAAUCCAAGAAAAUGUUUUAUAAGCAUUUCUUAAAUGCCGGUUUCCCUGUUGAAUCUUCGUUGCAUAAGGUGCUAGAUGAUCAUUUAGGUGCAGAAAUAACAUCAGGCAGUAUAUCCAACAAGCAAGAGGCUUUAGAUUUUUUGAGCUGGACAUUUUUAUUCCGGAGAGCUCAUCACAAUCCAACGUACUACGGUAUCGAAGAUGAUACAAGUACUACAGGUGUUAGUGAGCAUUUGAGCACUUUAAUAGAUAGUACAUUGGAGAACUUACAAGAAUCCCAAUGUGUUUUAUUACAUGGAGACGACAUUGUUUCAACACCGUUCUUAAGCAUAUCCUCAUACUAUUAUAUUUCGCAUUUAACCAUACGCCAAUUAUUGAAGCAAAUACAUGACCGUGCAACUUUUCAAGAAGUAUUAAGAUGGUUGUCAUUGGCUACUGAGUAUAACGAGCUACCUGUAAGAGGUGGUGAAAUCAUUAUGAACGUUGAAAUGUCACAGCAAUCAAGAUAUUCUGUUGAGAGUACCUUCAUCGAUGAAUUUGAACUACCAAUGUGGGAUCCACACGUUAAAACAUUUUUAUUAUUACAGGCACAUUUAAGUCGUGUAGACUUACCCAUUGCGGAUUAUAUCCAAGAUACUGUAUCAGUUUUGGACCAAUCUCUGCGUAUCUUGCAGGCUUAUAUCGAUGUUGCUAGCGAACUUGGCUAUUUUCAUACGGUAUUGACCAUGAUAAAAAUGAUGCAAUGCAUUAAGCAAGGUUAUUGGUAUGAAGAUGAUCCUGUUAGUGUGCUACCUGGAUUACAACUGAGAAGAAUCCGAGAUUUCAAUUUUAGCGAGCAAGGAUUCAUGGAAGUAUCACAGCAAGACAAUAAGAAAAUUUUGAGUUUGGAGGAAAUAGGGAGAUUCGGAUAUAAGAAAUUGGUGAGUGUUUUUAAUCAAUUAACCUCAGGAAUGACAGAAGAUGAGGAUGUAAAGAAAAAAUUCGUCAGUGUUUGCCAAAGGUUGCCAGUUCUAGAUAAUAUAAAGUUCAAAGAACAGGAGAACAACGAAAUGUUAAGCUUUCACGGUAGACACUUUUCUAAUAAGCAUAGUAGCGGGUUUGAAAUAUAUUGUGAUAAGUUCCCUAAGACACAGAAAGAGUUAUGGUUUUUGAUUGGAUAUAAGGGCGAUGAACUGCUGAUGACUAAAAGAUGUCAACCCAAACAAAUAAAUAAGGAGGUCAUCAUACAUUGUGAACUAUUCAUCCCCGAAGAAAUUCGUGGGGAGGAAUUGCAAUUUGCCUUGAUUAAUGAUGCUUUAGGAUUACGUUAUGAUUUGAAGCAUAAAUUAAUGCCCUAG